AUGGCGCCUGUGCUCCCAGAGCCUGAAGUAAAAUUCCUGCCUUUGAGUCUGGUAGGUGGCCACGCAGUGGCAGUUGCAUAUCUUGGUUUUACUGUCGCUCGGAGCCUGUAUAGAUCGUACCAAGACCUGCCACCGUCCCAGAGCACGAGAAAGAGGCUUGGUCGCAGGUCAACCCUUGUACCUGUCUUUACGGGCCUAGCUCUCAUCAGCCUGGCCGUCGCAGGCUACUGGUCAUUCAGCUACACGAAGCUCUCUUACCGCGUCUGGGCUGAUCAACGUGGAGUACAAAUACCGGCCAGGUUCUACGGAGACAGCGGCGUCAUUCCAUUCAGAAGCAAAAAUGCAACUCGGGUCUUCCUAGCUCGCUGGCUGACCGAUACUCCGGUUUACUUGGACGCACUUGAGAUCGUCGCGGAGAAAGCUCGCCGGUUCUGGUGGGGACAGCAGAUUGAGCUUGCAACAGUUUCCUGGAGCUUACUGUUGGCGGUUGAAGGACGAAGGAGGCGCAUACCACAUCUAUGGGCCUACCUCGCGUUAGCCCAUUUAGUCAAUUUGUCGUUCGCUCAAAACUUAUUUUAUCUGGCGCUCCUUCUUACUCCAACUCCGGCUCGGACUAAAAACGCGGGGGGGCAAGCCUGGAUAUUCGGACGCCUUCACGAUAGAGUCUUCCCGCCCAAGCCUGCUGGCUGGUUCCCCCAUCCGGCGCUUUUUCUUGCUUCAUUCUGCUUUACGCAUGUCUUGAUAUACUGGGCUCCUUCGACAGCAGGAAUGGCAAACUUUGCGAGUGUGGCCAUCUUUGAGCGAAUUUUGACGUUCGCACCUCUAAUUGUUCCUGUGGUCGUUCCUGUCAGCUGGGGAGCUGUAUUCUCUGAUUACCACGAAACAUAUGGGGUUGUUAUCGAUUUGUUCAGAUUUCUAUCCACGGCAAGCUUUGUAUUCCAUGUCAAAGGAACUGCCCUGGGGCUGUCAUACAACGCACCAGAUGCUCACUAUCAUCGCCACAGUCGAUUUUUCCCCUUUGAUAAGGAGUCGCGGUCGACAUGGGAGCGCACUACAACGGCUCUCGGAAAGGUCUUGGGAUCAGCAUCCGACCACCCUGUCGUAGCAGCAGUGGCAUCAGACGUUUUGCUGAGUGGUGUCAGCCAGGGGCUAUGGGCCGCAACACGUGUGCUCGAUGUGAACGACAUUCUCGCCUCCUCAACUCCGCUCGUCCAGAAAAGGCCCUUUAAAGCACAGCCAUCAGCCGAACUGCCGGCAGGCAACGGCAGCUCAACGCCGGAAGCGGAAGCAGAACCAGAUAGCUAUGACGGCUCGGCCUCCACACAACGCCAAGGCCUCUCAGCGAAAGCGAAGUCUGACGGGGCGAAUAUCCCAGAAGCGUUUGCCCUUAAAGAGCCUCGCAAAGCUCGGAGUCGAAAAGCCACAGCAGAAUUUGGCAAGACACUAGAGAUUGCAUAUAAUCCAAGCCCCGUUGAAAGCUUCUACGGUGUUGAAGGGGAUAGACUGCCUGAUACAGAUUUAGAUUGGGAGUCCGCAGCUCUGGUCUGGGGACUUGCAGCUCUUGGUGGUCUUGGCUCCAGCAGCGCCAGUAUUUUUGGAGCUGAAUGCAUAUCUCGCUGA